CAAGUUCUCUCAAGGGAAUGUGCCACAGGGAAGGCUACGAACGAAGUUAGCACGCAGGUCAAGUCCAAUAUAAAGCAGUGAAUGGUCCCUGGGUGCCCAAGGUGAACAUGAUGCCUACCACCGCUGUGGGGAAGAAGCUGGAUCUCUCCACACUGACAGAGGAGGAGGCCCAGCACGUGUUUCAAGUCGUCCAGAGAGACUUUGACUUGAGGAAGAAAGAGGAGGACAGACUGGGGGAGCUAAAGACGCAGCUAGAGAAGGAGGACACCAAGAGAGAGCUGCUAGGCACUGGGACCAGCCUGACAGAGUCCCACUGCCUCCGCUGCUUGCAGCCCUUCAAGUUCCUUGUCAACAGCAAGCGCCAGUGUCUGGACUGCCAGCUGUACGCUUGCAAAGCCUGCAGCCGCUACAACAAGAAGGAGCGCGGAUGGGUAUGCGACCCUUGCCACAUGUCUAGGGUCCUCAAGAUCGGCACUUUGGAGUGGUACCAUGAGAAUGUGCGCUCCCGUUUCAAGCGCUUUGGCAGUGCCAAGGUGAUGCGCUCGCUCUACAAGAGGUUGAGUGGCGAUCUCAGCGCCUCCCAGAGUGACCUGAGAGAGCCUCGUGAAGAUGACACACACAGCAUGCCCGAAAGCCACAAUCUCUAUGAUGAGAACAACAUGGACACCGUGGCAGAUGGACGACACUACAGAAUGAUGAAAACGACCAAGCGACUGCUCACUGUGCACCCCGUCGACUUCGGUCUGGACCUUAACUACUCCACCCACUCUCUGUCUCGACAAGAAUCCUGUCAGAGUCCACAGAGCAGUCUGGAGGGCGGCACACGGGAGUCCCUGACAGCCGAGGCCGACAUGGCCUGCAUGUUCCAGCAGAUCCUGGAGGAGCAGGGUGAAAGACACUCCGAGUUCAACACGGAGGUCCUCCACAGCCGCCGGAUGAGUCUGCUGGACAAGCCGGCCCGCUUCGACGAGGUGCCGUACCCAGAGAACUGGAUGAUGCGGGCACGAUCCUUGUCCAGGAUGAGCCAGUCUUCGUGUGGCAGUGCCAACAAUGGGCACCUUCGCAGCAGCGGACAACUGUAUGGCCUGGAGGACUCGGAGGAAGAGGAAGAGUACCAGCGCCAGUACCAGCGUCUGGCGUCGCGCCGACGUAGUCACAGCCACUUCUCCUCACAGGAAAGCCUCAACCACGGGGCACCGCCACAGAUAACUGAGCUGAACAGACGCAUGUCGGUCAUUGAGAAACUACUGAACCGUCUGGAACAGAAAGUGACAUCCCCCUAUGAGCAGGGCCAGUCUUGUACUUCUCCCCUGCCCCAGUGGGAGGAGGUGGACCUGGAGGAACUGCAGCUGAGGCAGAAGCUGGACCAGCUGACGGGCAACAUCAGUGACAAGGGUCUGUCCUCGGAGGAGGAUGAACCCAAGAGGCCCCCAUCCCCCAAGGAGAGCCCAGGGUGGGGGAGGCGCCUUAGGGGGGACGUGAGCCCAUCCGGGUCCCUCUCCAGACCCUCCUCCAGACCGGGCAUUAUGAUCAGCUCACCCAUCGAUGAACUGCAGGAGCCCUCUGAAGUACAGGCCUAUUUUUCAACAGGACAUUCCAGGAGCCUCCGUGAGGGCAGUUCUCUGCCCCGCUACCGUCCCACCACCACCACAGAGCUGUUUGAGCUGGAAGGAAAGGUGGCGAUGGCCGCUGCCACAGUACAGAGCACAGUGAGCGAGGUGACAGACAUCGAGAACAAGAUCGCUGCCCUGAGUGCUGCUGGGAUGUCUGUGGAUAUGACCAGGAGAAAGUCAACCGUCCCUCCCCAAAGAAGGAGAAGUGCCUAUGACCUUCCAACAAAAACCAGUAAUGGCACAGGGUCAUUGAGGAGGAAGUUGAGCAUCUUGUAACUGAGUAAAGUGAUUCUUAUAACAGAGAAUCUGCUGGAGCAGGAGUCCAUUUUGUGUCAAGUUAUUUCAUUGGCUAUACGUUAUUGUGAACUGAACCAAUAAUGCCAUUAUCUCUCUGUUUAUUACAUUUUCCCAAUAUUAUUUCUAAUAUUAUUUAUAUUCAAGAAUGUGAAAUGUUAUGCUUCAUGUUACAAUGUCUUAAUGCAUUUGCUGAACAGUAAAAAAACUUUAAAAAACAUUAUAGCAAUGAUGUAACUGCCAACUUUAUUAAAAUGUACUUAUGACUAGACUUAGACAUCCAUAGUACAUUAACUGUAAUCUCAUGUUUGUACUACUAUUGAAUGAGCCUGUUGAAAAGCUUUAUUAACUUCACUAUUAACAGAUUACACAAUUAUAUGUAGGCUUUUCUCCAGAGAAUUGCAGCUGUUUCUCAUAUAGGCUUCAUUCCAUAGGGUUCAUGGAACACUUUGUAGAAACCAAAUCUCAGUGGUCAAUUGAUAAACCAAUUCCAGGAGGCACAUAUGGUUCUUCAUUGGGUUCCAGUCUAUAUGCUUUCUGACAUCAAGGGACAAGAGAUUGAGUGAUGGUCUGCGUCCAGACCCGGCGCCAGAACAAAUCAUUUGGACUGCCUUUGCUUUCCAUAGGCGGGCCCGUUUUUCUUGAAGCAGUAUUUUAAAUUAUACUCAAGACACAUUUUUAGACACUUUUCACUGACAGCUGCAACUCAAUCAGCUCAACCUAUUGCCACGCGCACUACAAAAAUUGUGGGCUUCCCAAACACACUUGUGAUUUGAACAAAUUCAUAGCUAUUUUUUUUAAAGAAGCUAAUUAUCCUCUGUGGCUAAAUCAUGCUCCCUGGUGAAGUGUUUUGAAUUAAUUUAUUUACACAGGAGUAAUUAUAUCACUUGGGAGAAACAUGCAUUUACUUUACGGCAACCCAGCAUCUUUAACAGUACACUGCACACGCCAACUUUCCUUACCAAUUAGCAAGAGGCUGAAACCAGAGAUCUGUAUAUAAUGAGGAGUUGCUCAUGUCUCCAACCUAACAAUGGGUAUUCCCAUAGAAACGCAUUGAAUGUAUACUGGACAGAUUAUGGCAAGAAGGAGCCCUCACGUGCCGUCACUUCCUCUCUGCUGAAGCUGUAUCACGGGAGAAAGCAUCCUAGCGAGCGAAACAGCGCCCCUCUAUAUGUUGCCCAUGUAUCUGAUGCUGUGUGGCUAGAAAUAGUAUGACAUGCCAUACUCUUUUGGUCCAGAUAGCAUCAGAUACAUGGUUUAAACAUACUGAGACAGAGAGGCGCUGUUUCGCUCGCUUGGAUGCUUUAACUGAGAUCGAUGCGUCUUUCUGUCGGCGUUCGUCUAGGUCAAAUAAAUAAUCAGUAUUUCAAUAUAUUAUUUGGAAGGGCCCUCCCAUUACGCCAGGCCUUUCUGCAUCCAAAUGGCACCCUAUUUCCUAUGUAGUGCACUUAUUUUGACCAGAGUCCUAUGGGGUUACAGUCAAAAGUAGUUAUUUUAAUUUUAUUUAUUUCACCCUUAAUGUAGUGCACUAUAAAGGGAAUAGAGGGACAUUUAAUUAUGUCAGUGUAGGAGACUGUUCAAAUAGAUACAGCAAUUUGAUGCUGGAAUAUUAGGGCAUAUAUUCAGGAUAUACACACAAACAUGGGUGCGUGAAUGAUGCAAGAGUUUAGAGCUGAUUGCCGCUAUUGUACUAUGUUAAACAGUAAAGUAUCAUUCAUGUAAUUUUUAGUACAAUAGACUUAAUACUGCUUUUCUGCUACUGAAUUGCUGUGUACAUUUGUAGUCAUCUGAAUGAAUUAAUUUGAAUGAAUUUGUAUCCUCUGCAUGAACCAUUAAUUGCUAUUUUAUAUUUAUUAGUAGAUAUCCUAGUGUGAACAUCACUACAAAGUAUGUGAACCAUGUUUCCAAUACUAUAGUGCCAAGUAACACCUUUGACAUAGUACUAAUUAAAAUGUAAACAAAGUCAUUGUUUUUGUGU